CAGAGCGGCGGUGGGAGCCGGAGGAGGCGCGCGCGGGACGACUCUGCUGCCAGCGCGGGGUCGCCGGGGCCGAGCGGCGCGCGGGGGUCGCCCGCCGGGCGGAGGAGCAGCCGGAGCGGGAAGAGGGAGCCGCGAAGGGGGCCCCGCGCCCGCGCCGCCGCCUCUUCGGGCAAGGGUCCACCAUGUCCGAAGGGGCUGAUUCGCAGCCGGUGGCCUUGGGGGCGUCCCGAGUCGAGCUUCGUGUCUCUUGCUGGAGCCUCCCUGAGAGGGGAGCGAACAUUAAACCUGACCCGUGUCUGAUUAUUCAGUUGCUCAGUGAUGGACAGUGGAAUGAGAUGGGGUGCUCCGAAGUCCUGCGUGGGUCCCGGAACCCUGUUUUCGCUCACGUCUUUGCCCUGGACUACUUCUUUGAGGAGAUGCAGAGUCUGAGAUUCCAGGUGUUUGAUGCCGAUGGAGAAGACUCCUCAAAUGUGGGCCAUGACUCUGGGAUGCUCCUUGGGACCACUGAAUGCUCAUUGGGGCAGAUUGUCUCCCAAACCAAGGUCACCAAGGAGCUGGUGUUGCCAAAUGGAGAGAUUUUGGAGAAUUCAACCAUCACGAUUGAAGCUGAAGAGGUCUCCAGGACCAACGAGUUUGUGCAACUGGAAUUUUAUGGUCAAGAGCUGGAUGAUAAGGAUUUCUUCAGCAAAUCUGAUCCUUUCCUGGAAAUAUAUAAGCUUAGCAGUGGCGAGUCGGAGCACCUGGUUUGGAGGACGGAGGUGGUAAAAAACAACUUGAGUCCUCGGUGGGAACCAUUCCGGAUCUCUCUGCAAUCUUUGUGCAGUUGUGACCCCAACAAGGCCAUACGGUGUGUCGUUUACGAUCACGACUCCAGCGGGAAGCAUGAUUACAUUGGGGAGUUCAGCACAAGUUUCCAGGAGAUGCUGCAGGCUUCUGCGGGGGAAGAGGUAAAAUGGGAAUGCAUUAACCAUAAAUAUCAAGAAAAGAAGAAGCAUUACAAGAAUUCUGGGUAUAUCGUCCUCACGCAGUGCAAGAUGGAGAAAGUCCACACCUUCCUGGAUUACAUCAUGGGUGGCUUACAGAUCUCCUUCACGGUAGCCAUUGACUUCACAGCCUCCAACGGGGACCCCCGGAGUGAACAUUCACUCCAUUUCAUCAACCCCAAGGAGCCCAACGAAUACCUGAAAACACUGUCCUCCGUGGGCGAGAUCUGCCAGGACUAUGACAGCGAUAAGCGGUUCCCAGCCUUUGGUUUCGGAGCACGAAUCCCUCCAGAUUUCGAGGUGUCUCACGAUUUUGCCAUCAACUUUGACCCGGAGAACCCAGAAUGUGAAAAGAUCCUUGGAGUGAUUGAGGCUUACAAGCGCUGCCUGCCGCAGAUCGAGCUCUACGGCCCGACCAACGUGGCACCCAUCAUCAACAAGGUGGCAGGUCCUGCAGCUGAAGAGGAGAAAACCGGAAUGCCCACGAAGUACCGGGUGCUGCUCAUCCUCACUGACGGGGUGGUGAGCGAUAUGCCAGAGGCCUGUGAUGCCGUCGUGCGGGCCUCCCGCCUGCCCCUGUCCAUCAUCAUCGUGGGCAUCGGGAACGCCGACUUCUCCGACAUGCGGGAGCUGAACGGGGACCGCGGGAUGUUGGAGACUGAGGAGGGCAGGGCCGUCCGUGACAUCGUGCAGUUUGUGCCUGUGCGUGAGUUUAAGAAGGCCCCUCCCAAUGCCCUGGCCAAGACUGUUUUGGCUGAAGUCCCCAAGCAGGUGGUGGAAUAUUAUGGAAGCAAAGGCAUUCCCCCCGGGACACAGAAAGCCUCCUCUCCGCUGCCCCAGUGAGGCCCCCAAGCCCCCUUCCGUGUGGGCAUGAUCUGUCCAGCACCUGAAUGUGCCUGUUUCUCUUUCCUCACACCUCCAUCUUCCAGCCUCUGGUCCUUUUGGAGCCCCACCCCCUGCCUCUUCUGGUGGGGAAGAGAGAGAACGCAACCGAGGACCUUCGUCUCUGGCUUCAGGUCUCCACUCACGACUCAGGACGUUAGCUGGCACUACACGGCACCCGGGCAUCCCCAGCGGGGUCCUCUGCCUUCCCUGCCCUCCUUCCCUGCCCUCCCUGCUCUUAGCCUUACCCCCAAUAGCUUGCGAUGGUGACUCCCAUCUCCUUUAAUAAAC